CGGGCCUCCACUCUAGACCGGAAGUCUUUAUGGUCUCAGCCAGGACUAUAUAGCCAUUUUGGAGGGAGAACUCUAUGUUCUCCCCUACGUGAACGUCAGCAUCUGAGCCGGGUGCUGACUCCCUGGAAGGCAACUCUUCCUUUUGGAGGGGCGCGCGUGUCUUGUCCUAGAGCUGAUGCGGAGUGCUGCGAAUUCGUCGCGGGGAGGCUGGCCUGCAGCGUGACCUGCCGUCUGCCCGGCCCCUCUCCGGUUUCCAGAGCAGUGCUGCACUCCUGCCGUAUCCACGAUGGCUACCUGAACACUCAUAGAGUUUCCUGAAACAUCUAAGAGGAGAGAAGGAAGAGAAAAAUGUCCUUCCUGGUGGGGUGCAGAGGCUUGGGCAGCAUGACGACGGAGACCUUUGUGAAGGAUAUCAAGCCUGGGCUCAAGAAUCUGAACCUUAUCUUCAUUGUGCUGGAGACAGGCCGAGUGACCAAGACAAAGGACGGGCACGAAGUUCGUACCUGCAAAGUGGCAGACAAAACGGGCAGCAUCAAUAUCUCCGUCUGGGACGACGUGGGCAACCUGAUCCAGCCUGGGGACAUUAUCCGGCUCACCAAAGGGUAUGCUUCAGUGUUCAAAGGUUGUCUGACACUGUACACUGGCCGUGGGGGUGAUCUGCAGAAGAUUGGGGAAUUCUGUAUGGUUUAUUCUGAGGUCCCUAACUUCAGUGAGCCAAACCCAGAGUACAGCACCCAGCAGGCACCCAACAAGGCGGUGCAGAACGACAGCAGCCCUACGACUCCCCAGUCUACUACUGGACCCCCAGCCGCUUCUCCAGCCUCUGAGAGCCAGAACGGGAAUGGACUGAGUACUCCACCAGGUCCUGGUGGUGGCCCGCAUCCCCCUCACACUCCUGCCCACCCCCCUAGCACCCGAAUCACUCGAAGCCAACCCAACCACACACCUGCAGGCCCUCCCGGCCCCUCCAGCAACCCUGUUAGUAACGGCAAAGAAACCCGGAGGAGCAGCAAGAGAUAGCAAGACAUUCUUCCUCCCUUCCUGCCACCAACCAUAUCCAAGUGUCUCUGCCAGAGAGCCAGACAACCUUCUACUGGGCUGCUGGCUUUGGGAUUAGGGUAGGGGGAGAAGUAUUUUAGCCACUAAACUUUACUGGAGGGAUGGUGAGCAGUGGCCUUAUCCACCCAGCUAAAGCUGCCUGUCCCCUGGUAUUCGGGACCCUGUGCCUGCCUGCCUUCCUCUUUAGAAACAACAGUUGCAAUCUGUUUCUUCUGUGUGUGAAAUGGGAGUUUAAUUGAAAUGCUUCCUUCCUAAUAAAUGUUACCACUCUG